UCGACAACUUGCAGGGUUGCGGGGCGGAGUUGGAAAACCGACCUUAAUAACCACGUUGCUCCUUGUCAAGACACAGACACCGGCCAUUAUAUUCUCUUUUCUUAUCAAGCUUAGAACGAAUAAUGGAAGUCAGCGAUACGAUGCUCGACAAUCAGAAUGGAACGCUUGGGCUCGUCAGUCUUCCAACCGAAAUCCUGGCUAGCAUCUACAAAGCACAAUCAUCCUUUGCUGAUGCCCUCAACCUAAGUGCUACAUGCCAUAGGCUGCGGGAUGUGUGGAAAGAACAUCGGGGGCUUAUCAUCGAGGAGAUAAUUAGCGAUCAGUUGGAAUGCUUUGAUCAUGCACUGCACCUUCUUGCAUGUCAAAAAAGCUAUCCAGCGAAAAAGCUGUCGCAGGAGGCGCUGUCUGAUGGCGAAUUGUUGAAGCUAUCGCAAAAUGCAGAGCGCAUGGAAGAGUUCAUUGAGACUAUUGAACAAGAAGCCAUCCCUAGAUUGGAAAUUGGUGAUAUACCGGAAAGCAAGCAAGGGACUAUAUACGGAGGAAACCCAACGCACCCAGAUAGACUCACUCCUACGGAACGCUAUCGGGCAAUUAUGACUAGUUAUCGAAUAUGGGCCAUAUGCCUUCAUGGAUGGGAUAGAGACAUAGUUCAGCCACAAGUCGACCCAAUAAGUCCAAGAAAUUUAUUCUACCUACGGGACCUUGUUCACUGGGCACUCAUCCACGAAUUUCCCGGGGACGACAAAUGGGAGUCUUUCCAGCUUGUGAAAGCAAUGAUUUCUGCUCUUGGAAAUUUUUACUAUGACAAUCAUGGUCGCCCACCCCCGCAAUUCCAUUCAGAUUACGAUGGAGAUGUAGACAGGAGACUGUUUACGAUUUGGGAUCAUUGGCAAGAUAAUUUGAAAAGCGUUGUCUGUGGAAUGCCUUUGGAGAAUUUGAAGCGAGAUGCAGCUGCGAAAGCUAAGAACCACCUGUGGAAUGAGGAACCAGGAGACGAUUGUUUCGUGGUGCGGGAUUAGAUUUAUUAAUUGUGUUAUACUAUACUUCUAAACAAUCAUCUUAGGUUGACUUAAUCUAUCUUCACGCCUGUGACGGGUGUACUCGUAUGCUGCUUGGGUGGGCUGGCAAUCGAGAUAUAGGUUGGAAUUCCCAUGUGCAAAAGUAACACAUCCUUCCUGAAUACAUCUCAUAGUUCCUCAGACAUUUGGAGAAGAUUAAACACCACAUCACCCUAAAUCAUGAACAGAAGUACAUGUAUUG